AUGGGGCAGGAGGAAGCUUCUCAGAAUCAAGAACGGUUAUGUGCAUUUAAAGAUCCUUAUCAACAAGACCCUGGGAUUGGUGAGAGUCGAAUCUCUCAUGAAAAUGGGACAAUAUUAUGUUCAAAAGGCAGCACCUGCUAUGGGCUUUGGGAGAAAUCAAAAGGGGACAUAAAUCUUGUAAAGCAAGGAUGUUGGUCUCACAUUGGAGAUCCCCAAGAAUGUCACUAUGAAGAAUGUGUAGUAACCACCACCCCUCCCUCAAUUCAAAAUGGAACAUACCGUUUCUGCUGCUGUAGUACAGACUUAUGCAAUGUCAACUUUACUGAAAAUUUUCCACCUCCGGACACAACACCACUCAGUCCACCUCAUUCCUUUAAUCGAGAUGAGACAAUAAUCAUUGCUUUGGCAUCAGUUUCUGCACUAGCUGUAUUGAUAGUUGCCUUAUGCUUUGGAUACAGGAUGCUAACAGGAGACCGUAAACAAGGUCUUCACAGCAUGGACAUGAUGGAGGCAGCAGCCUCAGAGCCUUCUCUGGACCUAGAUAAUCUGAAACUGUUAGAGCUGAUUGGCCGUGGUCGAUAUGGAGCAGUGUAUAAAGGUUCCUUGGAUGAACGUCCAGUUGCUGUAAAAGUGUUUUCCUUUGCAAAUCGUCAGAAUUUUAUUAAUGAGAAGAACAUUUACAGAGUGCCUUUGAUGGAACAUGACAACAUUGCUCGCUUUAUAGUUGGAGACGAGAGAGUAACUGCUGAUGGGCGCAUGGAAUAUUUGCUUGUGAUGGAGUAUUACCCCAAUGGUUCCCUGUGUAAGUAUUUGAGUCUUCAUACAAGUGACUGGGUAAGCUCCUGCCGUCUGGCUCAUUCUGUGACCAGAGGACUGGCUUAUCUUCACACAGAAUUACCACGAGGAGAUCAUUACAAGCCUGCAAUUUCUCAUCGAGAUUUAAACAGCAGAAAUGUCUUAGUGAAGAACGAUGGAACCUGUGUUAUUAGUGACUUUGGGUUGUCUAUGAGGCUAACAGGAAAUAGACUUGUACGCCCAGGGGAAGAAGAUAAUGCAGCCAUCAGUGAGGUUGGCACCAUCCGAUAUAUGGCACCAGAAGUGCUAGAAGGAGCUGUGAACCUAAGGGACUGUGAAUCAGCUUUGAAACAAGUAGACAUGUAUGCGCUUGGACUAAUCUAUUGGGAGAUAUUUAUGAGAUGCACAGACCUUUUCCCAGGUGAAUCUGUACCAGAAUACCAGAUGGCUUUUCAAACAGAAGUUGGAAACCACCCCACUUUUGAAGAUAUGCAAGUUCUGGUGUCCAGGGAAAAACAGAGACCUAAGUUCCCAGAAGCCUGGAAAGAAAAUAGCCUGGCAGUGAGGUCCCUCAAGGAGACAAUCGAAGACUGCUGGGACCAAGAUGCUGAGGCUCGGCUUACUGCCCAGUGUGCAGAGGAGAGGCUGGCAGAACUGAUGAUGAUCUGGGAGAGAAAUAAACCCGUGAGCCCAACAGUUAACCCUAUGUCCACUGCUAUGCAGAACGAGCGCAACCUGUCACAUAAUAGGCGUAUGCCAAAGAUUGGCCCCUAUCCAGAUUAUUCUUCUUCCUCAUACAUUGAAGACUCUAUUCAUCACACUGACAGCAUUGUCAAGAAUAUUUCCUCUGAGCAUUCAAUGUCCAGCACACCUUUGGCUAUAGGGGAAAAGAACCGAAACUCAAUUAACUAUGAACGACAGCAAGCACAAGCUCGAAUCCCCAGCCCUGAAACAAGCGUCACCAGCCUGUCCACCAACACAACCACCACAAACACCACUGGCCUCACUCCAAGCACUGGCAUGACCACUAUAUCUGAGAUGCCAUACUCAGAUGAAACAAAUCUGCAUGCCACAAAUGCUGCACAGCCAAUUGGACCAACCCCUGUGUGCUUACAACUAACAGAAGAAGACUUGGAAACCAACAAGCUAGACCCAAAAGAAGUUGAUAAGAACCUCAAGGAAAGCUCGGAUGAGAAUCUAAUGGAACAUUCUCUGAAGCAGUUCAGUGGGCCAGAUCCCCUGAGCAGUACCAGUUCUAGCUUGCUUUACCCACUCAUAAAGCUUGCAGUAGAAGUGACUGGACAGCAGGACUUCACACAGGCUACAAAUGGCCAAGCAUGCUUAAUUCCUGAUGUCCCAUCUACUCAGAUAUAUCCUCUCCCCAAGCAACAAAACCUUCCUAAGAGACCUACUAGUUUGCCUUUGAACACCAAAAAUUCAACAAAGGAACCCCGGCUAAAAUUUGGCAGCAAGCACAAAUCAAACUUAAAACAAGUAGAAACUGGAGUUGCCAAGAUGAAUACAAUCAAUGCUGUAGAACCUCACGUGGUGACAGUCACCAUGAAUGGAGUAGCCGGCAGAAACCACAGCAUUAACUCACAUGCUGCCCCAACCCAGUUUUCCAAUGGGGUAGUACCAUCUGGCCAGACAGCCAACAUAGUGGCACAUAGAGCCCAAGAAAUGCUGCAGAGUCAAUUCAUUGGCGAGGAUACCCGGCUGAAUAUUACUUCCAGUCCUGAUGAACAUGAACCUUUACUAAGACGAGAACAACAGGCUGGCCAUGAUGAAGGUGUUUUGGAUCGUCUUGUGGACAGGAGGGAACGGCCUCUAGAAGGCGGCCGAACUAACUCCAACAACAACAACAACAGUAACCCUCGUGCAGAGCAAGGUCACCUGACGCAGAGGGCUCCAAGCACAGCAGCAGAUGCUGGACCGCCAAAGCCCAGAAGAGCACAGAGGCCUAAUUCUCUGGAUCUCUCAGCCACAAAUAUCCUAGAUGGCAGCAGUAUACAGUUAGGCGAGCCAACACAAGAUGGCAAAUCAGGAUCAGGUGACAAGAUCAAGAACCGUGUGAAAACUCCCUAUUCUCUUAAGCGGUGGCGUCCUUCUACCUGGGUCAUCUCCACCGAGCCUCUGGACUGUGAGGUCAACGGCCACGGCAGCGACAGGGCGGUCCAUUCCAAAUCCAGCACCGCUGUCUACCUUGCAGAAGGAGGCACUGCCACAACUAUGGUGUCCGAAGAAAUGGGGAUGAAUUGUCUGUGAGAGAUUUUCCAUUUCCAGCCUACGCACCAAGUGAAAUUAUUUUUUGCAUCAUUUAAACAUGCAGAAGACAUUUUAAAAACAAAAAACUGCUUUGUCCUCCUGUCAGCACCUCCUCCCAUCCCUUCAAAAAGGACUUGCUUUAAAUAGAUUUCAGCUAUGCAGAACAUUUAGCUUAUGCUUUUUUAUUUUAUUUUUUAAGUUUUGCACUUUUGUUUAGUCUCGCGAAAGUUAUAUUUGUCUGUUAUGACCACAGAAUUAUAUGUGUGUGUAUCAAAAGUGGUCUCAAAAUAUUUUUUUAAGAAAAAAAAAGCAAAAACAAUGUAUUGCUGAUAAUCAGUUUGGACCAGUUUCUAAAGGUCAUUAAAACAGAAGCAAAUUAAUACAGGUUUGACUGCAGUGGUGUCUGAUAUCCACGUUUGUUUUUUUCUGGGCCCAUGGUAGUUUAUAUGUUGCUAAGUCCCUGAACAUAUUACCUGUGGGAUAUUAUUUCUUUCGUGUUUUGUCUGACAGUGCAAUAGUCGAUAGGCCCCGAGUAAGUGUUCUGGUGAGCUCCCUUCCUAGCAGGAAUACACAUUUUUCCAUAGUGCAAACGUGAUUCUGGCAGGUCCGUUCCAGGAGGAUGAGUUUGUAAGGUGAAAGCAGUGGCCUGCUCUCCUGCUUCCUCUCUCUGUAGCAUGGAGAAGGUUGGCACACUGCCUCCAAGGGCUCAAAAGAAGGAACUGCCAAAGCCUAUUUGGAAAUGCCUUUCAUUUCUUUUAGGAAAACCUUCCAGAUCCUAACCAUUUCCUUCCAGGCAUUUUAAUAAACACUUUGGUUUCUGGUUUUGGAAGUUCAUAAGAGAGCAUAGAACAAAAUAGAGGAAAUCAAAUUAUAGCCCUUAAAGUUUUUUUUUUUUAAUUUUAUUUUUAUAUGGAAGCGCAUAUUCCUUAUUCAUCUAUUUAAGAAGUACAUUUUUAUAGAAAAUGUACAGAGUUAUAACUAAAUGGAAUUUUUAAGUAGGUAGAUGGUUGAGACAGUAUCCUAUUAAUGGUUUCAUUCUCUGACUAGGCCACUGUUAACUCAGUUCAGUUUUGAACCUGUAAGUAUCUCUUCUUCUGUUCCCAAGAAAAGCCGGUGACUUUUCUGAAGGUGAUUCCUCUUCCUCUUAGAAUGACUAAACCAUUUUGUGGAAAAAGUCAUUUUCCGGUGAGGCCAAAUCCUUGUGAAGGAGGGAAGGAAUGCUGCCAAAUCUACCUGUUGGAGCAGACCAAGAGGUACCUCUCUCUUUUCACCCUUGUGCACUUCUUUCUUUGCGAAUCCUAAGUUCUCCCUUCACCAGCUUUUCGCAUAACCUUCAAUAUGUGAUCAGCAUUUAUUACGGGCAUCACAUUAGAGUAGGCCUUCAAAUCCAUACGUGUCCUUCAAAUCCAUUUUUCUAAAGCUCUUCCUGCUUCUUUCAUUACUAAUAGUCUUUUCUAAAAUAACAACUUCUGUGUGGUUUGACUUUUUCUUUUUCUUUUUUUUUUUUUAAGUAAAGCACUUUGUCAAACACAGGACACCAUAUAUAUAUAUACACACACACAUUAUUAUUUAUCAACUUAUAAACAUUGAUCUCUUUUUUUCUUUCCCAGGGCAUCAGAGUGCUUAAAAGAUGUUAUCUGAUCAUGUUUCGACUCUCAUUUCUCUGAAAAAUAGAAAACUAAGAAGAAAACAUAUUUUAGACUUGCCAUUUAUCUUUUAAACCAUGUUUUCUCACUCAUAUUCCGGUCUUUCUCAUUUAGCUAAAGACAGCCUGCAUUUUCCCAUGUGCUCUCCCUAAUGCUUGUAACUUGUAUACAUGCCUUUUCUUCCUGGCCGUAUUACAAGUUAGAUGUCAUCUACUUAGCUGGUUUGCUGAACACAGUUUUGAAUUCUUAGAAUUAACAUUCUUUUAUGGUGCCCAGGAUCCUUCCCUUUCAUGUUUGAUUGGCCUGUGUGGGUAGAACAUUCAGGCACCACGCUCCAGCACAACUGUGGUUUAUAAGCCAAGCCAAUUACUCCCAUGACUUUAGAAGUUAGGUAAACAGAAGAAGACAUGUAGACAUGUCUCGGCUGGUUGUUGCUUGAGAAACAAUUACUAAUUCAAAACAAAUUUCAAUCUCACAUCUCCUUCAAGAGUCUUAAAUCCUACCACUUCUCUUCUUGCCUAACACUCUUACACUACAAAACAAACCAUGAAGUCCAUGUUAAGGGGAAAGUGAAGGGAGCUUAUGGAAACGGAGACUUUUCCCUCCAUUAAUUCCAUGCUAGGUGUGGAGGAAUCGAUCUCACAUGGAUUUUUCAGUCUCGACAGGUCUUUGACUCCAAAUGGAAAAUUAUCUCCACCUAGUGACUUUAGAGCAAACGGAGUAGGAUGCUGAAAUGAUACAAGGACCUGAUCUAUUAAUAAAGCAGUUUGGUAUCGCUUUCUUAUCUGUGUCCUCUUGUUCCAGGAAAAGUACAUUGGUUCUGAAUGUGAAAAAUAAUUGAGAGGAGAAAACUCAAGUAAAUAAUGUGUUUAUAUAGGAAUAGUCACAAAAAUUGGCAAGGAUUUUGACUUGUAACAUUUCCAAAUCUGGCUUUUAAUGCCAAUUACAGUACCAGGGAGGCUGGUUCCUAAUCUCUGUAAACCCCUCUUAAAAGUUACUUAGAAUGGAAAAAUAGCUCAAUUAACUUUGUUUUCUUUCCUUUUUUCUUUUUGAUAUUUAUAGAUACGAAUAUUUCAUUGGUGAUGGUUUGCUCAUUGAACCUGAGAUUACAUGUUUCUAUACAGUGUUUUAUAAAUUUAUGUUGUCAGUUAUAUGCAAGUUAUUACACAACUAUUCACAGAUUGCUUUAUCUUCCCAGCUAAUCCCAUAAAAGUUAGAAUCUGUACACACAUUAGUUGAUUAUUCUAGAAACUGUAUAACACUCAUAAAUUCCCCAGGAUAUUUAUAACUUCUAGAUUCUGAACUAUGCACAGUUUAGUAAAAACGACCUGCAUGAUUCUUACCAAAUAUAUCUCCCUUUGUUUUAAGUAAAUCUGGCAAAUCACUGUUGAAGCUAGUUGCAUAAAAACUGCUCUCAAAGUAAUGCACAAGAAAAGAGACGCUCACGUGGCUCUCUGGAGCGCCUGCCCAUGAGUUUCUCUGAAUCCCUCAUUGUCUGUAUCUGACCAACCCUAGCCCUUGGUUAUCUAACUUGCUAUCUUCUGUGUCAGAAAAGUUUUCCUUACAUGUAUCCUGCGUCCCUCCUGUUUCAUUUUAACUCUCUUUCUCUUACCCAGUCGAGAACAGUUGGUUUUGCUCUCCAACAUAGUUAUUCCUCUUUACGUCAGGCCUCUCAGAUGACAUCUGAGCCUUGCUUCUUCAGACAAAAUUGCUUCGGUCCUUUCCUUCUCUCUCUUCUGUCAUAUUUUAAUGGCUUGAUUUAUACUUAAAAACAAAAUAUGGUUGUGUCAAAAUUCAAUCAACUAGUUAAUUUCAAUAGUUUGAUAAAAUGAAAAAUUCAGAUAUUACCAUUUGACAGUGGAUUCAACCAUCAGGACUAUUGGCAGAAUCAGCACUUAAAUUUUGUUUUGUAUUAGCUGUUUUCUAUUUCAUUGUGGAGUUUUAUAAUUUUAUAUUCUCAUUAACUAUAACUACAAAUCCAUGCAUAUAGAAUUGUAUAUAUUUUUUUGGCUAUUAAAAUGUAUAACCCAUAUUGCAGCAAACUUGGUGUUAUAAUUGAGCCACAAGAAUAUGUUACAUGUUUCUUUGUGUCAAAUAUCAAACACAAACAGGCAAGAUUUACAAUACCACCCACCCACCCCCCAAAAAAGAUUUACAAACCCUACAAUAAUCAGGCAUGACCUAGAAACAUUUUGUAGACCACUUUUGAAAUACUUGCAACAUAGACUGGACUGUAACAUCAUAAACUUUUAAGUGACUGGUUAAAAUUGAGUAUGUCUAUAAAGAACAUUUUAGGAAUUUAACUCAUGGUAGCUAUAUAUUGAAAGUAAAUCCUUGAGAAGAACUUAGGUUUUAUUAAAGGUGUGCCCCAAGUAAACUUGUUGUACCUUGAGAGUGUAGUUCUGUUAGUGUGAUGUUCAUAGUGUUACUACUCAAUGUUGUGGACAUACACGUUGAUUUCAAAAGCCUAAUUUGAAGUCCAGAGUUUUAAAUCUGGAUGUGAGAGAGGGGGAAUCUUUGUAACUAAAUGACAUCAUUACAGUAAUCUUUUAAAAAAUUACUGUAUAUUAAACUAUAGCUCGACUCUUCAAUGUUUUAAAAGACAACAUGUUAGUCCCUCCCCCCAUUUUAUCUGUGCUUUUAGAUUAUGGAAACAUUUUCAUGUUUUAGACUCAUUCUAUAGACAAUAUUGCUUAAAUACUCAGGGCCCCUUCCAUCCCCUUACACGUGAAAAAAGUUUACCAUAUAUACUCAAGUAUAAGCCGACCAGCAUAUCAGCCAAGGCACCUAGUUUUACCACAAAAACUGCAUUAAAAAUGUGCUGGAAAAACAAGGCUUUUACACGAGUAUCUAUGGUAAUUGGUAGCACACGAGCUAUUGAUCCAGUUGAAUAUUUAAAAGUGUUAGUUGCACAGUUCAUUUAACGUUUCAUUUUAUGAUUUGCUAUAAUUUAUAUAGACAUAAUAACAGAUUUCGUAAUUCGUAAAAUUUGCCCGGUUCCUUAAUGACUUAAUAGAGGGAAUUACACAACUAAUUGGCUACAUGCUACAGCAAAUUUAGGCCCUAGAGUUGACGCAUCAUCUUCAAACUGUUUUGUUCUUUGGUUAAAUGGUUAUACUUGAUGGGACACAUUUAUUUCACUUUAUAUCAUUCCAUAAUGAGAAAGCUUAAUAAAGUAACUUCUCUAAAACAAAAACUAUAACUUUAAGUAAUAGAUUUUUUUAAAUGGUAAUUUGGGAUUACCUACCCAAUUUAUUUAUCAUAUUGUCACAUUGGAAAUGUUAUUUUAAUCAGACAAGUUCAAGCUCCAAAUGUGUAUGCUGUAUGCACUUAAACUCCUAGUGAAGUCCUUUCUAACCAGUCUUAUCUCAGGCUCUCCAACUUACCAAUCCUCUUAAAUACAUAAGGGAAAAACAUUUUCAAAGAAAAUUUAGUUAGUAAAGAGUAAAUUACUAAAAGAUGCCCUUCAAAAAUUGUUCGUUGGGUCCCUGUUUGACAUUGAACUGCUUUGGCUUCUGUGGCUUGGCUUUUUCUGGUUACAUUUAUUUAUUGAAAGAUUUUUGUAUGCUCUGUCAUUUUUGUUUCCAUAGCAAUUGUAUACAUGUGUAUAAGCUGGAAUCAUCCUUAAUUUUCUGUUGAUAAUUUUCCCAAUAAGGACACAUGGAUAGUUGUAAAAUACACUAACUCUUAGGGUGUUAUUACAGUAGCUGAAACAUGGAGAUGUAUGGCCGUCACACUUUUUCGGAAUGGACAGGAGAAAUAUAAGCUAUGGAGCAUCAUUUCUGAGGAUGCUUUUCUGGAAAAGUCUGACAAAAUUGGCAAUUCCUCAGAACCCUCUUUCUUGUUAACGGGUAUCUUUUGUUGGUGUGUUUUGCUCUUACAUUAAAGGUAGAAUAUCAUGUAUGGGUUUAUGAUAUUACUUUCAGUUAUUUUGCUUUUGUAUAAGCUGUCUGAGACCUUGCUAUGCUGUAUAAGUUGUGUUUGAUGGAUCAGUGUGUGUAUGAAAUAAAGCAAAUCACUUUUCUUUUGUAUUAUCUAUGGAUGCCACUAUGAAAGCUGACAUUAAGCCACUAAAGAGUUUUCUAUGAGUAAUUGUAAGUAAGCAAAUGCUUUGGUAUCUAUAAACCUAAAUAAAAAGAAUGUAUUGAUACAGAGACAUUAGGGAAGAUUUUAAGACAGUGCUUUAGGUUUAAAAAGGCUUGCUGUAAAAUGGUGCAUUAUUCCACUUAUUAAAGAUCAUAUUAAUGACA